CGCUCCCGCUCCCGCCGCUUACGUGAGGGAGACAGGGAUCGCUUCCCGCAGCGGGACGGGGCCGCGGGCAGCCGCGCCGGUUCCUGGGGAUGGUCCAGAGUUACCUGGCACGGACCUCGAAAGACAACAGCGCUUUAGGGCCAACCAUGGUAAUGGAUGAGGACAGCUUGAUGAUCCCCAUCACUAAAGAUGCCUAUGAAGUUCUUAAGAAAAGAGAGGACUGUCUAAGUAAUCUCAUUUUCAAAAAGUUUGCUUGUCAGUUGAUCUUCAAAAGUACAAAUUGCACUGUUGAAGUAUACAGGAAAAAAAUAAAGGAGGGAGUUGACAUUUGUGUUUGUAAGGAUGAUCUCACAAGACACAAGGUAGAUGCUUUGGUGAAUGCAGCCAACGAACACCUGUGUCACAGCGGGGGCCUUGCUUUAGCCCUUGUCAGUGCUGGAGGGCCAGAAAUACUAGAGCAAAGCAAGUGUUAUAUUCUAAAGCAUGGACAACUCAAAACUGGCAAAAUAGCAGUGACAGAUGGAGGGAGGCUGCCUUGCAAGAAAAUUAUUCAUGCAGUUGGUCCAAGGUGGAAUGUUUAUGAAAAGGAAAAAUGUUGUAGCCUGCUUCAGGAAGCUAUUAGGAAUGUUCUGCAGUAUGUUAGCGAUCCAGAACAUCGUAUAAAGUCUGUUGCCAUCCCAGCAGUGAGUUCAGGUAUUUUUGGCUUCCCACUUAGUUUGUGUGCUCAAGUGAUUGUAAUGGCUAUAAAGGAAUUUGUUGAGGCAAAUCCAUCAAGCUGUCUGAGGGAAAUCCGCCUGGUGAACCUUCUUCAGCCUACAGUUGCAGAAAUGAAGAAGGCGUGUGAAAAGUUUCUGGGUGGUACCAACUCAUGUCAGGAAACUCUUCCAGCUUCACCCAGCCAGCUUUCAUCAACUUUCAUCAAAUAUAAAGGCUUUCGCUUGCGCAUCGUAAAAGGAGCCCUUGAAGAGCAGAAGACCAGAGCUGUUGUUAAUUCUGUGCAUGUGGAUGGCAAAGGCUACCCUCCAGUUUCAAGAGGACUGCUGGAGAAAGCAGGUUCAGCUCUUCAGGAUGCACUCAACACUGCUUUUAGACACUCUACGCUUUAUAAGGCGCUCAUAAUAACCAAAGGGUUUAAUCUGCCCUGUGAUGUGGUGCUGCACACUGUAUGGCAAUACCACCACAGAGUGUUAGUGUACGAGGAAUUAAAAGUUGCAAUGAAAAUGUGCCUUGAUUAUUUAAGGGAAUCCAAACGUUCCUCCGUUUCUUUCCCAGCAAUGGGGAUUUGGUCAGAAACGUUGCCUGCUGAGAUAGUGGCAGAGGUCAUGGUUGAAGAGGUUUUAAAUUUUGCCAGGGCACACCCUGAGAUGGAGAUGAAUACGCAGUUUGUCAUUUGCCCAAAGGACGACAAUACCUAUCAGUUUUUCCAGAGAGCGUUUAAUUCAGCAGCACAAAAACUGGAAGAAAUGACAUCUUACAAGACAAGUGAUCACUUGAGUGCAGAGUCAGGCAGUCAAAGAGUAGAAGAGACUGCAAAUAGCAAACCAGCUAUUGAACUUAAAGGGAACACACGUACAGCAUUGGAAGCAGCAGAAUCAUGGAUCCAAAGUGUGCUACAGAUUCAGGAAAGUCACUGUGCUGUUAUUGAAAACAACUACAUUUUUAGCUUUGGUAGGAGUGAGUUUGCAGAACUAUCUCAGGAGCAGCAUUCUAGUGUGUGCGUGUCAGAAGAAGUGCGAGAUGGAAAAGCAAGACUGGAAUUUCAGGGCCCUCCUCGUGCUGUGAUUGAUGCAGUGCUCACAACUGAAAAAUUACUGCUUCGUAUGCAGGACAAGACUGCAGCCAAACAAGAGGAACUGCUGAAAUUAAUAUGCCAACCAGAAGCAAGUCAGCUUUCAGAAGGACACUUUUACAAGAAAAUUACUAUUGAAGACAUCCAGAUUUCACUGGUGGAAUCACACCUUCAGGAGUUUAAAGACAGACAGAAACAGUUUGAAAAAGCUGGGCUUCGUGUUCUCAAGAUUGAAAAGAUAAAUAAUCCUCUUUUAUCUGCUGCAUUCCAACAAAUGAAAAAAACAACAGAAGAAAAACAUGGUACCUCCAAAAUAACCCACAAGUUGUAUCAGCGUGUUCCUCCUCAGUUCUUUACCUCAGUGUGCCUAACUGGAUUUCACAGGAUGUAUUCUCCACCAACAGAACAAAAAUAUGGAGCUGGCAUCUACUUUAAAAGGAACCCCAAAAGCCUAAUUGAGGGUAGAGGUGUAUGGGAAACAGACUCCAAAAUGUAUGUGUUUGAGGCUGAUGUAUUAACAGGCUUGUACACUGAAGGCAAGUCAUCCUAUAUUAUGCCACCAGCAGUGAAGGGGGAUGCCAUUAAGUUAUAUGACAGCCUGGUAGAUAAUGUAAACUGUCCUGACACCUUUGUCAUUUUCAACAGUAUUGGGGCCCUUCCACAAUACUUGUUGACUUGUUCCCAAGUGAAGAAGCAUGUAUCAGUACAGUAGCUACUGCGAAGAUCCCCUCAGAACACAGUCUAGUACUUGAAUUGUAAGAGGAUGCUCUACCUACUAACAUGCUGUGACCCAAGUGCCUCGUGCAAAGUGCAGUGAAAUACCUGUGAACAAAAAGAGUAAGUCAAUACCUUAAGGAGAGUAGAAUAAAGUAAGUCUGCAUGGAAAUGGGAGGGAAAGCAUAAUAAAAACAGCUUAACAUUUAUCUAUUUACUUUAUAUGGCUUAAAAUGCUCUGAGCAUGUGACUGUACGCUUGAUGUUUGUGUAGGCUGUCAUUCUCCAUUACAUUUCCUUAAUCUGAGAUACUGCAUAUGUUAGUGAAACCCAAAUGUGAGGCAAUACUUCAUGAUGUCUAUGGACAUAUGUCUAUGCCUGGAGAUGUUCCUGUGUGAUGUGCUCUAGGUGAUCCUGCUCUGGCAGGGGGGUUGACUAGAUGAUCUUUCAAGGUCCCUUCCAGCCCCUAAGAUUCUGUGAUGUCUUAACAGUACUUAGCACUACAGUUUUUAUUAAUUAAGAGAUUCCAAGCAUUGUAGAUACAUGUAUUCAAAAUAAAAACUAUGAAUGGCA